AUGAAUGUGCGAUAUUUCAUUCCAACAAUCCAAGUGGCCCGUAAAUAUGGUUUCGAUGGACUCGACCUUGACUGGGAAUACCCGUUAACUCAAGCAGCCAUGGUCAAUCGAGGAACUCUACUCACGGAAUGGCGUAAAGCUGAGACUGGACGAACAGGAAAGCCAAGACUUCUACUAACAGCCGCUGUUUACUUCACGCCAAGCGCUUAUAUCCUAUCAUCCGAGCUUACAACUUACGACUCCCUCGACUUUGUCAACCUGAUGUGUUAUGAUUAUCGUGGAGAUUGGGAUACAUCCAAGACUGGUGCACAUGCUUUGCUUUACGACCCUUCAAGUCAAAUUAGUACUAGUGCUGGAAUUCAGGCGUGGAUACAGGCCGGCUUGCCGGCAAACAAAUUAGUUAUGGGAUUACCGAUGUACGGGAAAACAUGGAAGUUGAGGGAUCCGAAUGUGAAUGGAAUCGGUGCACCGGCAGUCGGGGUUGGUCCCGGAGCAGGGAUUCUAAUUUAUUCAGAUGUGGUGAAUUUUAAUGGAGUUAGUGGUACUCGAGUGGUGUAUGAUACGCAAACAGUAUCUAUGUAUUCCUACCGCGGAACCGAUUGGGUUGGAUAUGAUAAUCCUACAACUAUUGAUGUCAAGGUUAAAUAUGCUCGAGAUAAUAGCAUGGGUGGGUAUUUCUUCCGGGCAAUUGGCCAAGACAAGAAUUUGGAACUCACAAAUCAAGCUUUAAGGUCAUGGCAGAGGUAG